AUGAACACCGCUGCCAAGUCACACGGAGACAGCAGCAAACGGAGCUUGUCAUAUGGAAAGAACUUGGCGAGGCAGACGAUGCAGUCGAAGGGGGUCGGGGUCGAGGUCGGAGUCGAAGGGCUGCUUGUUGGCAAGGAUCACAGAUCACGACGUAGAAGAAGAGAGGGAGGACGUCAAUAUGGUUCCUUAUGGUCUGUUUGGGAGGAGGUGAGGAAAGGGGAAGGAAGGGGAAAUAAGGGGAAGGGAAACUUUGAACCUCGUUUGGGAAGGAGUGAGGAAAGGAAAGGAAAGGUUACUCAACAACCAACGGCGAGGUCACGGGACGAGGCGUGGGUUCGCAAGUGUCGUGGAGUUCUUGCUUUAAUCCCGAAAAAGAGGCAGAGGAAGGCGAUUGGGCCGAGUUCCCAGAUCAGCAGGCGGACUAUUCUUCCUCCUCCCCACGACCCGGAAGGCGGUUGCAGUGGCGUCGGCUCCUCCGCUCCACUUGUUUCUUUAAAGCGAGCGCCGGGUCUCGACGCAGUCCCACUCCAAUUCCCGUGGCCUUCUCGCCGGCCGCUCCUCCUUUCUCCGUUUAAUCCUCCACGGAAUAUACGGUGCCCCGACGCCGGAGGCUGCAUUAGCACCGCCGCGGCCCUCCAUUUUCCCGACUACUCGCGCUCUUCGUACAACCUAUCAACGCCUCUUACUCUACUCCAAGAGGUUUAUGAGGUUGCUGAUACUGAUGUUAAGAUAGACUGGCAUGCUCUUGUCAAGAAAACUGCAACUGGAAUUACGAAUGCCCGAGAGUACCAAAUGCUGUGGAGGCAUUUGGCCUACCGUCACCCAUUGCUUGAUAAGAUAGAAGAAGGAGCUGAACCUUUGGAUGAUGACAGUGAUCUCGAGAUAGAAUUAGAAAUUGUACCUCCUGUCAUAGAUGAAGCCGUACGACAGGCGACAGAGUGCGUCCAGCUUUUGUUCUCAUCAUGCGGACUAGGCUCAACAAAGAAGACAGGUCUAAAAGCUCCUUUGGUUGAAAAAGGAGUUGACAAGGAGAUUUUAGACGCCGCUCCAGGUAAACAACCCCCUCAAACUAGCCAUGGUGUUGCUGUUAGCACUCUCCUGAAGAAGCAGACAGAAAAUGAAUUGUUAGGUUCAAGCUAUCCUCCUAAGAAGAAGAGGAAGCUAUGGACUAAAGAGGAGGAUAAGGAAUUAAUAGCUGCAGUACGUAAAUUUGGAGAAGGUAAUUGGGCAAACAUUCUCAGAGAAAAUUUGAAGCUUGACCGUACACCAUCCCAGUUAUCUCAGAGAUGGUCCAUCAUCAGGAAGCGUGAUGCUAACAUCCUUGCUGUUUCGGGCAAUAAGUCGGUUAGCUCAGCCCAAUCUGAAGAGAGGAUAGCAGCACAAAAGGCAAUUAUAUUAGCUCUUGAUACUCCCAAAGGUGGUAGACUAUCAGGUGGCGCGCAAUCAAUUGGCAGGACAAGUUCUUCACCACUCGUAGGUUCAGUGCCUGAAGCAUUGGCAGUCUCAAGCCAACCAUUUAAUCAACAUAAACCACCUGUUCCAGCAGCAUCUCAAGCAUUAGAUUCAAGAUUUCCCUAUAAAUGCGGGACAACCUCAACAAAAUCUACUACACAUUUUGCUACAAAUUCUUCGAUACAAGCUGCUGCAUUUGCUGCUGGGGGGCGCAUUGCUACACCUUCCACUGCUGCCUCUUUAUUCAGAGCUGCACAAUCUAAAACUGCUGUUCAUAUUGGGCCUUGCAGCAGUAGUGUACCUUCUUCAAGUAACUUAAUCAAAUCAUUUGCUGUUACUAGCACUGCAGCAAUGGCGUCAAAGAGCAUGCCGACAGUUGGUACGACUGCACCAUCUUUGGCAAAUCCAGUGUCAUCUUCCUAUAAUACAAAACCUGGAGGGCAGCAAGUGCAAGGUUGCUCUGUCGAAGUGGUAAAGAAUUUGCAAAAUGCAGGAUCAGACACAAUUCCACAAGAUCUAUUGGGUAAAGAAGUAGAAUGUGCAGAUGAUAGCGAAUUAUAUAAACUGCUGGAAUUGGAUAUGGAUUUAGCGAUAGAGAAUGAUGUUGGCAAUGCUAAUGAUGCAUCAGAAUCUGUUGCGCCGAAGUCGCAUGCUGCAAAAGAAUUACUCACUGAAAAUGCAGACAGCAAAGUGGUUUCCUCUGUCUCAGAAACAGAGAACUUGAAAAGUGGAUAAUGGAGAUUAUGCUUCAGCAGGGAAGGCAAUUUCAUCAAUCAAUAAGGAUAAUAAAAUCUCAAUCAACUAGUUUCAAACUGUUAGACAUAUUGGAUGAACCAAAGGCUAGACCGGUAAAAAAAACACAGGAAUCUUUUAAGGAAUUAAUAAAUUUUUUAGGGGCUAUAUUUCAUGUCCAUGCUGACUUUUUCAAAGACCAUUUGAUUUUUGAA